AUAUGAGACGACGCGUGCCUGCAUUUGUAAAUGGAUGAGUGGUGGAAUUGGACUCGCUAUUUCAGCAAACACCUAAAGCGCAGCUUCCAGCCCCAACAGAUAUGAUACUCCGCCAGCAUCGCCUCUUAAACCUCCACAUGCUCUCCACUCUUCCCCUCGCUCCGUCUCUCGCCGCGGUCUCCUUCCGCCGCCCGCUUUCCCUCGCCGCACAUACGGGGCCUGGAACCGGCUCUUCUCCUCCUCCUCCUUCACCUCAUCCCGUCAAGCCCUCCUUCGCCCCCAAUGUGGCGGGCGCGGACUUGGUGAGGACCGCACUCUUCGUGCCGCCGGGGGUGGCGCGGGAGGAGGUGACGCCGGAUAUGUUGCUACCGGGUUCCAACAUCGUGGUCGGGCCCUACGCUGGUCACGCGCAGAUCAAGCAGGUGGAGUUCGUGAAAAGCAGCGCCCGGGCGCGCGACUGCCCCAAGGAUAACCGCCCCGAGUUCGCCAUCCUCGGCAGGUCCAACGUCGGCAAGUCCUCCCUCAUCAAUGCCCUCGUCCGUAAGAAGGAGUUCGCCCUCACUUCCAAGAAGCCAGGGAAGACGCAACUUAUAAAUCACUUUCUGGUCAACAAAAGCUGGUACAUCGUCGAUCUGCCCGGCUAUGGGUUUGCAAAUGCUUCUCAGUCUGCUCGAACAGAUUGGUCUUCAUUUACCAAGGGUUACUUUCUAAACCGUGAUACCUUGGUUGCUGUCUUGCUUCUUGUUGAUGCCAGUAUUCCACCUCAGCAGAUAGAUCUUGACUGUGCUAACUGGCUCGGCCGUAACAAUAUUGGCAUGACUUUUGUGUUCACCAAGUGUGACAAGAUAAAGGGUGGUAAAGGAAAGCGAUCUGAUGAUAACAUCAAGCAUUUCCAAGAUCUUAUCAGUAAGUACUACAAGGAGCCUCCACCAUGGAUCAUGACUAGCAGUGUUACUGGCCUUGGUCGAGAUGAGCUUCUUCUUCAUAUGUCGCAGCUAAGGAAUUACUGGGACAACGACGAGGUAGUUUGAAACCCAAAAGCCUCGACAAAGGCAGUUGGGAGUUGUACUAUACUUGUCAAACCUCUGUUUACCUGAGUUGUCGUGUGGAAUGUGAUUGCAGCUCAUGGGAUGAAAGUUAAGCUAUGUGCUUCCUUUCCUAACCUGGAUUGCAGUUCAUGUUAUCGUCAAUUGGUUCAUAGAUAUAUGUUGACUUGUAAAGAUCUAAAUGUAUUAUUACAGUUAACUUGGAUUCAAGUAUUUUGAAAAGCAUAUUGAUAGAUUAGUUAUCUCAUCAAAUUGGAUCAUGAUAUGUUUGUGCAUUUUGGAUAACAAAGCUGAUGGAUUAAUUAUCUCAUCAAAUCGGAUUAUGAUAUGAUGUGUUUAAAUUAUUAUAGUAUUUGAAUUCAAAAGUUAUGUGUUGACAUCCUCAAGGCAAAAAAAAUAAUAUAUAUAUAUAUAUAUAUGACGUCAUUGCUAUUAGAUUCUGUGUCGGUAGAGGGGUUUCAUGCAAAUACGGCAAGGGUAUUUACUAAUAAACCCAUUGCCACAUAAAUACCCCCUCACGCCUCUCCUUACGACGCCCUCUUUCUUGACGCAGCGGAUUCGCUGUCCUCCACCGCCGACGUCGUCCGCCGGGGCUCGCUCCUCCUUGUGUCGCCGUGAUUCCGAAUCCUUGAACGGUUAUCCCCUUUCCCUUACCUCUCUGCUUCGAAGGAGGGAAUGAAGCGUGGUUAAGUUAGCGAUCUAUACGUUGGGGCGGGUCGCAAAGGAAUCUCGAAGAAUCCACCGAUUCGAUGGAGAAGGACUCUAAAGGAGAGAAGCGGAAGAGGUUUCACCAGGCGCUCCUCAAUCUCUACCAUCCGCCUUCGCCACCGCGGUCGCCGCCUCCCGCAUCGCCUCAGAUCUAUGGCAGUUAACCAAGGAGGAACUUGUUGCUAUGGUUUGCGGGGAUAUGGCUCUGGAUUUGGAUCAAGGGGAUGAAUAUGAUGAUGGAAGUGAACUGGGUUGUACAAGUGACGUUGAAUCAAAAAAGCUCACAAGGGCUCAAAGAAAGAGAAUAAGGAAAAGAAAACUAAAGGAAGCAGCAUCAGUUAGAAGAAAGAUCAUCGGACCUUUGUUGCCUUCUAGCGACCAAGAUCUAAACAAACCAUCUAAAAAACCAUCACAUGAAAAUUUACCUGAAUCUAGACAAGAUUCUGCAGAGCAUCUAUCAUGUUAGGUAAACUUGUUAUACUGGUAGAUUUUCCUUGGACUAGUAGCAUAGACUAGUUUUGUAUGGAUGCAAUACCAUUUGAAAAGAUUUAGCAGUUGGAUUCUGUAGCCGAUCUUUAUUACAUACACAAGUGACUAACAAGUAGUUGCUGCA